AUGACUUUCCGCAGAGCAAUCGUUACAGGAAUCUUGCUGUCUCUUAUAGCAGGCACAUUGGCUGACUGCUCCAUUAGCGGAACCACUACGAUCCAAAGCGAGGCUGAUGCCACUGCUCUGGCAUCUUGCACCACACUCUCUGGGAGUAUCGCCAUUGCAACACACUUCGCUGGCGAUAUCAGCCUCGAUAACAUCAAGACGAUCACCGGAACUCUCAGUGCGAGAAACGUGCGCGGGCUCACUGGACUUUCCGGCGACUCGCUCGAGGAGAUCGGUACCUUCCACCUGGAAGAUUUGUUACUUCUGAAUACACUCAACUUCCCCCAUUUGACAUCUGUGGAUACGAUUAGCUGGAGUAUCCUAAAUGACCUUUCGUUCCUGUCCUUCAUGGAUGGAAUCUCCAAAGCGAAAGACGUUAACAUCCAAUACACCUUUCUCAAUUCACUCGAGGGUCUCGCAUUCGAGGAAGUGGACACCCUAUCCAUCUUUCAUAACAGCUGGCUGCAGAGCGUCGAGAUGCCGCUCACGCGCGUCACCAAGGACCUAUACCUCUACGCCAACAGCAAUAAACUGGCCAUCGUAUUCGACAACCUGCAAUGGGCAUACAACAUCACAAUCACGAAUGCCCGCACCAUCUCCCUGCCUUCUCUAACUAGCGUGAAUGGCUCUGUCGGCUUUUACGCCACCAACGUCGACGAGCUGGCCCUCGAGAAUUUGGAGACCAUCGGUGGCGCCCUUGCCAUCAGCUCCAAUCCUGACCUGACUGAAGUCUCGCUGCCGGCGCUACGUAGCGUCUGCGGUGAUUUCUUCAUCGAUCAUAACCCGCAGCUCCAGGAGCUGCAUCUCGAUGCGCUGACCUCGAUCUGCGGCGCGCUACGGGUUUCGGGUAAUUUGAGCAGCUCUGUCAGCAUUCAGAUUCUCACAUAUUACAACCUCAAAUCUGUCCUGACUCCUCAGAAGCAACAGCCUUGUUACAACCCGCAGGCGCCACUUGGCAGGCUCUUUACCGGCAAAAUGUCGCGUCCAUCGUCAUGCGAGCUGUGUCACAAUCUCGCCCAAGCCACGUCACUGCCCAUAAACCAUACGCCAAUCAUCCACACCACUGUUGAGGGUUUGAAGACUUCGCGAGAUAAAGGCUGCGCAUUCUGCGAGCUUCUUUGGGAUAUCAUCAAGUCACAGAAAGUACCAAAUGAAGAUGUCCAUUUCAGUCUGGAAAAGCUCUCCACCGACGAUCUCUCACUAUUCAUCUACUGGGGUCAGAGAUACUACGACCCACAGAUCACACUAGCUCUUUAUGUACAGAACGGAAAUGAAUCGGACCCGAUGCGCAAAGUGUUCGGCACCAAGAAGCAUAUCAUUCAGAACCCAUGCAGCGAUGAAGCCACAGCUCUUAUAAAGCGGUGGCUCGAAAGCUGCCAAGACCCAGCUCAACACGGAUUCUGUGUCCAGAAAAACAAGGCCGUACAUCUACCCACUCGCGUGGUUGAUGUCGGUCCCUCAGACGGGUCACAGCUUCCCAAGAUCAUUGAAUCUCAGGGAAAGCCAGGGGCCUAUGUUGCACUCAGUCACUGCUGGGGCAAGAAGCAGAUAAUCACGACCACACAUGCAACAUUCAAGGACCGCCAAAAGGGAAUCCAAUGGUCGGAUCUCUCCAAAACCUUCCAAGAUGCCAUAUCGUUGACUCGGCGUCUCGGCAUCCGCUACAUCUGGAUCGAUUCCCUGUGCAUCAUCCAAGACGACAGGGAGGACUGGGAAAUCGAGGCAGCGAAGAUGGGCGACGUCUACGAGAACGCAUACGUCACGCUCGCGGGCACUGCUUCCCCCGACGGAGCCACUGGGUUCAACGUACCACGGCCACCGCCUCAGUCAUUCCAGCUUCGAGGAACGCAGCAUAGAAUAUUUGCCGCAGUCCAGCCGUCCCACGACAGCUUCACGCGGCGUCGUCAAGCCGAUCCUCGGGAAAUGCCGCUGCUUUCUCGCGCGUGGGUGUAUCAGGAGCGCAUUCUUUCUACCAGAGUCGUCCACUUCGGAUUCCAUGAGCUUGUGUUCGAGUGCAAGCAAGGCUACGUCUGUGAAUGUGGAGGGAUCGUGCGCUAUCGCAGCCUCUGGUCCCAACUCGACAGCUUCAAGACAGAGUUUUCAGACUUUCUGGACGGACAGGCUUCCGGCACUGUCAGCAACGGUAAAGCGGCUGGGACCGAGGAUGGGGGAAUACCUUGCUGGAUUGUGGUCUUCGAUGCUUCCAGCAGCGCUCUUCUGGACUGCGAAUGCAUACGACUUCGAGAAUCCGGCGGGUCCAAUGCUUAA